CUUCAUGUCCGGCCAACAAAGCUAGAGGACAUUAGAGAGAUGGAAGCACCAAGAUACAAUCAUCCUUGUGAAGAUCUACUUGAUAGCGGAAGUAGAGAAGAGUAUAUCAACAUAUGUGUUCCUCUCUAUAGAGCAUCAAUUAGAGGAGAUUUGGAAGCUGCUAGAAACAUUCUUGAGGGUCGUGAACAUCUGGUACGGUUUAGUAUCACAGAGCAAAAAGAAACGCCACUUCAUGUUGCAGCGGCGGUCCAUAACCCCAAGUUUUUGAAAUAUCUUGUGGACAUGAUGAGCGUGGACGAUCUAACACUACAGAAUGAAGAGGGCAACAAUCCCUUCUGCCUAGCGGCUAUAGCUGGAAACCGUAAAAUGGCCAUGAUUAUGCUUCAGAAGAAUCGUCAACUACUUACAAUCCGUGGUAGUGGGAAUAGGAUGCCGCUAUUCCUUGCUACUUUACACAAACAAUAUGAUGCGAUGAUUUAUCUUUAUGAGCACUCUCAACGCAUGACAACUGAUGGUUGGACAGAUGAUGACAGAAAUAGAGUUUUUAUGGAAUGUAUUGAGAUUGAUUAUUUUGAUGUUGCGCUACGAAUGUUGAAUGACCGUGAAGAACUCCCUCAAGAUAAAUAUUCAUGGAAUGUGCUUUGGCUAUUGGCUCAAAAGGCUCACGUGUUUUAUGAACGCCCUGCUACGUUGCUAAUUGGCCUUUAUAUGAUAUCAACUGCUUUAUCCAGAAAGAAGAAAGUAGCCACCGAAUUACUAAGAAGAAUUUGGAAAAGAAUUGUUGUAAAGAAUAGGGAUGAAAUUGAUGUGAUCCUCAGAGGCCCCGUAGUUAAAAUUGCUGGAAAGGAUACGUACCCUUCUCGAAUACUAUUUCUUGCUGCAAAAAACGGAAACAUAAAAUUUUUAGUUGAGCUUAUCCGUGAGUAUCCUGAUCUUAUUUGGAAGACAAAUGAUGACGGACAAACUAUCUUUCACGUUGGUGUCAUACAUCGUCAUGAGAGGAUCCGUAAUCUAUUAUAUGAGUUAAGAGCAAUGAAAGAUAAAAUAACUCAACUUAAAGAUAAAGAUGGCAACACGUUAUUGCAUUCAGUUUCAAUGAAUACAGGCAGAAAUCCUAACGAACACGUGAGGGGAGCUGCGUUUCAUCUGCAAAACAAAUUAGUAUGGUUCAAGAAAAUUCAGGCUAUGUUCCCUCCUUCGUAUAUGAAACAGAAGAACGCGGCUGGGCAAACACCGCGUGAAGUGUUCACUCAUAACCACAGAGACAUGCUUCCCGAAGGUGAGAAAUGGAUGAAAGAUAUAAGUAACCAAUGCAUGGUGGUUGCGGCCCUUAUCACCACCAUUUCAUUUUCAGCCGCUUUUACAAUUCCUGGCGGUUAUAACCAAACCAGUGGCUUUCCAAUUUUCCAACUAAACACACCCUUCAUGGUGUUUGUCAUUUUGGAUGCCAUCUCCUUUAUCCUGUCUUCUGUUUCAAUCCUCAUUUACUUAUCCAUCAGCUUUUCUCGUUACUCUGAAAAAGAUUUUCUGUAUUCAAUUACCACAAAAUUUAUAUAUGGUUUAACGGCGCUUACUCUCUCUAUAGUCACUUUGAUGGCUGCUUUUAGUGCUAGUUUCUUCGUGUUAUACCAUAACAUGCUUCCGAUAAUCAUGAGCUCGUUUGCUACUUUACCCAUCAUUAUAUUCGGUCUCCUAGAAAGUUCACUUUUUGAGGAUAUGGCGAAAACACACAUAUAUCACUGUCCGCCAAAGACAAGAAUGCUAUUUUACUGAAAUCCAGGGUUCUAAAUCCUGUCAUUGUGAUUACUUCUAAUAUCUGAAAUUCUGUUUUAACC